UCCUCCAGCUGCGUCCAUUCCUGGCUCUCAAUCUCCCAAUCUGCAGUUGGCUGAGCCACCACACGUGGGAGCGGUCGUUGGGAGCCGGCUGUUGGAGGCGCGGCAGACCUCGGUGGCAGCCGUUGCUGUCCUGGCAGCAGUGAGGCGGAAGCUGAGGCACGACGGGAGCGAGUGCUGAGGGCAGCUCUGCCGGAGCAGCACGGUGUUUCAGAAGAGAGAAAAGCAUGGCGGGCAUCAACUGGAUUUCUGUGGCUGGUAAAGCUGUGCCGAGAACUGGGCUGACUGCUGCCCCUGGCAAUGUGUGCAAAGUCUGCAGAGGCAGAGGAAUGACUUUUCUCUCCAAAGUUGAGCUUGUCUAAGCACGGGAAGGUUGGAGAGGCUUUUUGCGAACCGAAGAUGGAGGGAGGAAAAGCAAGUGAAAGGCACGCUGUGCACAGCCAGCACACAGCACCUGCACCAUUGCCCUGCACAAAGGAGGAGCAGCUCAGCAAGCUUGGCCUGGGCCAUGGAAGGGAGCGUGCAAACGUCUGGAGCAGCCCCAGAUGGGCUGGUUCUGCAGCUGUCCCAAGGCUUUGAUCCCUGGCUGCUGGGAUGGGGCGUUUGAGGAGUGAUGCCUGUGCUGUUGUCCAGCCAAGCUUUGGGGAAGGGCAGGUGGUGAACCUCACGAGCCAAAGCCUGCAGAUGGGGUUUGCGGAGAAAGAGGUCCUGCAGGCCUUGUGUGGCAGCCACGGAGCUGGAGCGAGGCUGCGUCAGUGUAAAAGCCCAGCAAUGCACAGAGGUGUGAAGUCAUAACCAUGGAACCACAGAAGCAUUACCCAGGCAGAAGGAGCCUUUGUCACCUGGACUUCCUACCAACGACACAGGCAGUGGAAGUCAGCAUCCCAAGCAUCCAUGAAACCCCUGCACAGGACUGGAAGAAAAGCUUGAUGUCUGUGCCAAGGGAGACGUACACCGCACUUGCGCUGCCUGGACGAUGUGGAAACUGGAAAUUCUGGGGUGUGCUGAAGCAUGCCCUCUCAGCUUUUGCUCGUGGAAGAACAGAGCAAAGUGACAAGAAACAGCUGCGAGUUCAAGGAAUUGUCUACCUUGUUCUGAUCUCCUGCCAGUUCCAGCUUGUCGUGCCUGCUGUGAUGGGCGUCGCGUGCAGCGAGAUCAGCUGUGGGCCUGACAUGACACGGAUGGAGGCUGAGAACAACGGGAAGCCCCUGCUGGUCCGUGAGGAGUCAUCUCUUAAUAUCCCAGCUAUUGCUGCUGCCCACGUUAUUAAGAGAUACGUUGCCCAGGCACCGGGUGAACUCUCCUUGGAGGUGGGAGACCUCGUGUGCGUCAUCGAUAUGCCGCCUCAGGAGCUGAGCCCCCGCUGGAGAGGCAAGCACGGCUUUCAGGUUGGAUUUUUCCCUGGUGAGUGCGUGGAGCUCAUUAACGGAAAAAUCCCGGAGUCUCUCAUCAAUUCGGUGCCAAAGCCAGUGCCAAAGAAGCGCGGCAAGCUCCUCACCUUCCUUCGUUCCGUGGUGAAGGCCCGGCCAAAGCAACGGAAAGAGCGGGAGGUGGAGAAGGAGAGGGUGUUCGGCCGUGACCUGGGAGAGCAUCUUCUCCACUCUGGUCAUGAUGUCCCCCAGGUCCUCCAGAGCUGCGCCGAGUUCAUCGAGCAGCAUGGCGUGGUGCAGGGGAUAUACCGCCUGUCCGGCGUGGCGUCCAACGUCCAGAGACUGCGCCAGGAAUUUGAGUCUGAGCAGGUUCCUGAGCUAACCGUCCGCGACGUUCACAGCGCGAGCUCCCUCUGCAAAAUGUACUUCAGGGAGCUCCCGACCCCCCUGCUGACCGACCAGCUGUACGACAAGUUCUCGGAUGCUGUUAGUGCCACUACGGAGGAGGAGCGGCUGGUCAGAAUGCGGGACGUCAUCCAGCAGCUGCCCGCUCCUCACUACAGGACCUUGGCGUAUCUGAUGAGACACUUGGCCUGUCUGGCUGGGCACUGCUCCACCACAAACAUGCAUGCGAAGAACUUAGCGAUUGUGUGGGCUCCAAACCUCUUAAGAUCACAGCAGAGCGAGUCUGCCUGCGCCAGUGGGAGAGCUGCCUGCACGGAACUGCAGACGCAGUCAUCUGUGGUGGAAUUCAUCAUCGACCACACAGACGUCCUCUUCUGCUCCACAUCUGGACCUGACAUCGCAGGUGGAGCAGGGCACAGUUCUCUCUCAGGGCCCCAGUCUGUGCAGGCAUCUUCUCCUGCCACAGAGCUGCUCAGCCUGGAGGAGGCGCAGGCACGGAGGCGAGGCCACAGCAGCUCUCCUGUGGUUGUGACUGAGAGCAGGGACAUAGAGGUGGAAGAAGGCCCCGCAGCUGUACGGGGGAAAUUCCACACAGUCAUCGACUUUCCAUCUGAAAGACCAAGUCCGCCCAGCAAGAUAAAGGAAUCACCAGCUGGCUGUUGGUGUUCCUGCUUCAGCCUGGGAAAACCAUCUUCUGGGGCCAAACGCCAGCCACAGCGCCGUCCCAGGGAGCCCUCAGAAAUAGAAAUCGUAGUGCUGGCAGAUGAACUGAGCCCUUGUCCACCCAGAAGAGCCGGAGCAAGUAGCGAAGCUGGGCUGUGUGCUUCCCCCAGUGGAGAGCUCUUGGGAAGCACAAAUGGCUGCGGUUCACAUGACAGCCUUCCAUGUAACAACAGUGAUGGAGAGAGGGAGCUCAUCCAAGUUCAAGCCCUCAUUUCUCCCGGCUCUGCUGAAGAUGCUGACCUGAGCCCGCCAGGCACCACAGUCACCAGCCUGGACUGUGACCCGGCGCCUUUGCAGUGCAGCCCAGCCCAAGCACAGUCCGAGUGCCCCGACAGCAGCACCUCUGUGCAGGAGCAGGUCGGCAUCACCGAUGAGAAGCCGUGCCUCUUGGAGGGGGGCUUAGAAUCAGGCCCUCAGUCCCAGGCACCGUGCAGCGGAUCUGACAGCUCUGAGCCACUCUCUCCGUGACCUUUCCAUCCAAGAGAGGACGAUUCCCACCUUUACCUGGACCUCUCACGCCCUUCUGUCCUUUCCUUUAAUAAUAAAAGCACACUCGUGCUCACUCAACACCUUGAAUGCCUGUGGAGUCUUCAUUCACGAGGACUGGGAUGAAUGCAACACACAGCAAGGCACCUCAGCUUGCAACGCUGAGGCUGCAGGGUGCAUGAAGCAGAGCUCCAGCUGCGUCCAUUCCUGGCUCUCAAUCUCCCAAUCUGCAGUUGGCUGAGCCACCACACGUGGGAGCGGUCGUUGGGAGCCGGCUGUUGGAGGCGCGGCAGACCUCGGUGGCAGCCGUUGCUGUCCUGGCAGCAGUGAGGCGGAAGCUGAGGCACGACGGGAGCGAGUGCUGAGGGCAGCUCUGCCGGAGCAGCACGGUGUUUCAGAAGAGAGAAAAGCAUGGCGGGCAUCAACUGGAUUUCUGUGGCUGGUAAAGCUGUGCCGAGAACUGGGCUGACUGCUGCCCCUGGCAAUGUGUGCAAAGUCUGCAGAGGCAGAGGAAUGACUUUUCUCUCCAAAGUUGAGCUUGUCUAAGCACGGGAAGGUUGGAGAGGCUUUUUGCGAACCGAAGAUGGAGGGAGGAAAAGCAAGUGAAAGGCACGCUGUGCACAGCCAGCACACAGCACCUGCACCAUUGCCCUGCACAAAGGAGGAGCAGCUCAGCAAGCUUGGCCUGGGCCAUGGAAGGGAGCGUGCAAACGUCUGGAGCAGCCCCAGAUGGGCUGGUUCUGCAGGUUGCUGUCUGCUGCUGUUUUCUCACAUCCUGUUGCUCGGGGGUGGAUUUGUUCAUGUUCAGAGCUAGCAGGAAGCUCGCAAAGCCCUUUGUUUCAGCUGUCCCAAGGCUUUGAUCCCUGGCUGCUGGGAUGGGGCGUUUGAGGAGUGAUGCCUGUGCUGUUGUCCAGCCAAGCUUUGGGGAAGGGCAGGUGGUGAACCUCACGAGCCAAAGCCUGCAGAUGGGGUUUGCGGAGAAAGAGGUCCUGCAGGCCUUGUGUGGCAGCCACGGAGCUGGAGCGAGGCUGCGUCAGUGUAAAAGCCCAGCAAUGCACAGAGGUGUGAAGGUGAGCUGUGGGCUCGAGUAUCACAAGAGGGGGUGUGCAUGGUCAGGGCUUGGAUGCUUCUGUGUGUUUGAAGUGACUGUGGGGUAGUUAGCACUGCUGGGUGAGCUUGAGUGUCUGGAACAAGUGUGACGUGUCUUCCAGUUGCACGCUGUGUUCUUCCUGUUGUGUUGAGCUCUUGAGCUCCAGCCCUAAGUGAGGAUGCAAGCGCUACUGCAGAAGGAACGGGUUGAGAUUGGAAAUGCAGUGCAAAGGGCUGGAGCCAGCAGGAGCUGGGAUGUGAUCAUCCCCCUGUACUCAGCUCUGGUGAGUCCUCACCUUGAGUGCUGUGUUCAGUUCUGGGUCCCUGACUACAAGAAGGACACUGAAUCCCCGAGAUAUUGCCAGAGAAGAGCAGUGAAGCUGUGAAGAGUGUAGAGCACCAGUCUCAUGGGGAGCGGCUGGCUGAGAGAACUGGGAUUAUUUAGCCUGGAGAAGAGGAGGCUCAGGGCAGACCUUAUCCCUCUCUACAAUGAGCUGAAG